AGCACGGGAACAAAGAGGCCGCAAACUGGCUGGAUGCGCGGGGGUAACACCCGGCCCCAGCGGGCACCAGUACCCGGCAGAGAGCUGAAGCGGAAGCAGGAGCCAAAACACGGGCUCAAAGAUCAAACCUUCAAACUACAACCUUCGGUGCUGUAGACGUUCGUGUGGGCUCCAGAAUGAACGAAGAAGAGCUGGUGGAGUACUUCAGGGAUCAGCUGAGGAAGGACCCGGACACGGCCUCAGCGGUGGCUGCCAUCCGCACUCUGUUGGAGUUUCUCAAGAGAGACAAAGGCGAAACCAUCCUGGGCUUGAGGGAGAGUCUGACAUGGGCCAGAGACUGCUUGACAGAAGUGGACUCCUCUGUGGCCGUGUCAUCAGGAGGGGAGCUCUUCCUGCGCUUCAUAAGCCUCACCUCCCUGGAGAACCAGGAUCUAUCUCGCUGUAAAAAGGUAAUGGAGGAGAGAGGAGAACUUUUUCUAGAGAAAAUCUCCAUGUCCAGGACCAAGGUUGCAAAGCUUUGUCACACCUUCAUCAAAGACGCUGCUAAAAUCCUGACACACUCCUACUCCAGAGUUGUCCUCAGGGUGCUGGAAAAGGCUGCAGCUGAGAAGAAACGCUUCUCUGUGUAUGUGACUGAAUCGCAGCCUGACUUGGCCGGGCGUCAUAUGGCAGAAGCCCUGAGAAAACUCAAUGUUCCAGUAACUGUGGUACUGGACGCAGCUGUGGGUUAUGUCCUGGAGAAAGUGGACCUUGUCAUAGUUGGUGCAGAAGGAGUCGUGGAGAGCGGAGGAAUUAUCAACAAGAUUGGUACGUACCAGACGGCAGUGUGCUCGAAAGCUCACAACAAGCCCUUCUACGUUGUGGCAGAGAGUUUUAAGUUUGUUCGCCUCUACCCGCUCAACCAGCAGGACGUCCCGGACAAAUUUAAGUACAAAGCAGACACGCUGAAGACAGUUCCAAACCUUUCAGACGAGCAUCCAAUGAUCGACUACACGCCUCCCUCCCUCAUCACCCUCCUGUUUACCGACCUGGGAGUCCUCACCCCGUCUGCCGUCAGCGAUGAGCUCAUCAAACUCUAUUUAUAACUCGCUACACAACUCAAAUAAAAACCAUCAACUAAA